UUGCUUCUUUUAUGUGCGUCAGCAGCAUGUCGCUAUGGUUACGCGCUGAAUCCGGAAGUGGUCCAGAUGAAAGCAUGGCCGUGCAGAACUGGAUUGAUGUGCUGAAAUCGUCUCAGAAAACGGCCCUGAUACACGACGGGAAAAGGAAGAUCCAUUACCUCUUCGCAGAUGGAAAAGAAAUGGCAGAAGAGUAUGACCUGAAAACAGAUGAACUCCUCUCUAGGAAGUGGCGGCAGAAAAGCACGCUGGGAGUUCCAGGUGUUUGGCAGGUAGAAGUCGGGGAGCCAAUGAACUUACCUGCAGCUCUGGAAUCUGAUGUCAUCAAAGAAAACUGCUCCAAUCCGCUGUUCAUGCGUAAAGACACAAAGAGCAGCUUUCAGUGGAGAAUCCGUAACCUUCCCUACCCCAAAGAUGUCUUCAGUGUUUCCCUGGCGCCCUCUGAGAGAUGCAUCAUCAUAAAGACUACAAAUAAGAAGUAUUAUAAGAAGUUCAGUGUUCCUGAUCUGGAUCGAAGCGAGCUGCCACUUGAUGCGUCUGCACUCAGUUACGCACAUGCCAACAACACGCUAAUAGUCAGUUACCAGAAACCCAAAGAGAUUGUGACCCUUGAGCAGGAGCUGCUGAAGGAAGUGAAGAAACUGAAGGGGACGAGUGAAGGGGACGUUGACUGUAAAACCCAGUGAAUUCUGAGCGGCGGCGACGAAAAGAAAAUGAUAGAGGGCGGCAUUUAAAGCCUCGCCUCGGAUUGUCAUAACCCACUUUGCUUGCGAGCUUGCGUUCAAGCUUUUUUGUCGCAGAUUCUUUUUGUUUGGACCUUCCGUGCCUCGUCUCUGGUCUGGGGAUUUCAGUCUAGGCGUGGAAUCGUUCCCUCCGAUGUAAACUUUGUUAAUAAAGUAGCAUACAUGCAUUUUGUCAUUUCAAAACCUGAUUUAUGAAUUUUGUGUGUUGUUUUCAUCUAAAUAAAGUCUUGAAUUCCUUAAAA